CUGGCUAGGUCGUUGUGUGUGUGUGCGUCGCAGUCGCAGCGCGGCGAGUGUUUGUGAACGAAGUCGCCGCGGGAGUGCACCAUGCGCCUCGCCGCUGCUCCACUGCUACAGCGCUGCUGCGCGCGAAGGCGAAGCGAACACACCGAAAAUAACUCGUGCCUGUAAUUCUAGACCGUCCAAGUUUAGACUUUUCUCGGGAGCUGCCCUCCCCUCUGACUGUGACUGUGUGUGUCUAUAAUAAGACUUAAGGGCGCGUGAGGGAGGCCCCGUCGUGGGCCGCAGGCCGCAGGCAGCGCCCGGCCCGUCAGUGAAGACCAGCUCAGCCCCCAGAGCUCUCCUCUCGGUGCGCACUGCGGACCGUCUGCCCUCGUCGGUGCUACCGCAUUGUCACAUUGUCAUGCAAUUUGGCUGCCCUCGCCUUAGUGUGUUGAGGUUAUCUGCGCGCGUUGUCGUCGCGUUCUAGUCGUGUGUGACUGAUUCAACCCCGGUGCCAAGUUCUACUUCUCCGGCCAGGAUGGCUGCCAUACCAGAGCCAGUCAAGAAAUGUGUCGCCAUUCUGAAAGCAUCUGAAACUGACACGGAGAAGCUUGCUGCUUUGUUCAUGGUUACGAAGCUUGUGAAAGGGAAUGACUGCUCAGCUGCUGUGCGGAAGGUUUUGUUUGAAGCCAUCGGCUUUAAGUUUUUGAAACGCCUACUGCUGACAUCAGACGUUCAAGACUGCCCGCCUCAAAUCUAUAAAUCUGUUGCUCUUUCUAUUUUAUCAACAUUUUGCAAAGAUCCUGAGCUAGCUAUAGAUCCUGAGCUGCUUGCUAAUUUGCAAAUGUUCCUAGACAUUGUCCAAACUUCGGAUGCUGCUGACGAUGACAACUUAAUCAUUGUUAAUGAAGCAUAUGAAUGUCUUGCAAGCAUCGCCACUACUAAGCAGGGCCUAAAGGCACUGAUUGACAUCGGUGCUGUUGCCAAGAUGUGUGAAAUCUAUACAAAUCAAAGUUUUCAGACUGAUGAGGCUCUUGAUUUGUUGGUCACUCUAGUCACUGGCUUUGGGCCAAGUUGUUGGGAAGAAAAUCCUGGAGCUUUCCAUACAUUGAUGAAUAAAAUCAGUCUGGAUUGUGAAGUUGACCAAAGUGACCGCAAGUUUCAUUUGUGUGAUAUUAUGAAUGGUCUGUUGUCAAGUUGUAAACAUGACACUGCCACAAACUUUAGUGAAGAUACCACAUGGCCUGCCAGUGUUUACAAAGCCUUGUAUGACAUUCUGACCAGCAAAAUAGGGAAAGCUCAAAGGGACCCAGCUCUCAAAUUGGCCUCUGUAAUGACAGGUGUGAUGGGGCCCAAGUGGACCAUGAUGGAUGAAGACAACCCGAGGAAGUUUUUCCUCUUGAUUGUUCAACUUGCUUGUGUUGAAGUGCGCAUGCAAUUGGAGGAUAAAGGUGGACUCAAAACUGCUAUGGCAAAUGCUGAUCUAGUAACUGCUUGCUUUCUGCUGAUUGAGACCGCUAUCACAUUUGUUGCUAAUGAGCAUGUGGAGCUUGAAGGAAGAGAGAAGCAGUCUAUGUACACGGCCAUGAAAGGAGCUUUCACUGCAGUGAUAUCGCUCUUAAUGAAGGUCCAGGGUGAUUUCAACAAGAAGAAGGUGCAACUGGAAAUGCAAGAGAAGGUCCUGAUCUGUGCCAUGGUUAGGGUUCUUUCUUCUUGGAUGGCCCAGGAAACCUCAGCUAUGCGUGAUCAGAUCUAUCAACUGUUACCAUUUAUGUUAUUGUUGGCAAAUGACACCUUCUAUGCCUAUCGAGCACGUUACAUGAUGGAAAAAGUUAGGGGACCACCAGGUGGAACAAACCCCACUGGAGAGCCCAUGGAAGUUGACACAGAUCCUAUGAGUCAGGUGGAUAUUCUUAGAUUUAUGCUACCAGCAUUGUGCCAUCUUGCAGUGGAAGAUCAGGCCAGAAAGAUUUUACUGAAUACGAAAGAGGAUGAGAUACUCUAUGAAAGCUUUGCUUUCCAUUGGUCCAUUGUUCAUUACAAGAAGCCUCCUGUGCCAAGAGCUGAUAGAUUGAAAGUGAGGAAGGAAGAAGCCCUGGACCCAAAACUUGUUGAGGAUAUGAGUGAUUCUCGAACUGCCAUGAUCAGUAUUUGCAAUAUCUUCAUGAAUAUUACUGUGCUAGAGGCCAAACUGGUGGAGGAGAGCUCACUCUUUGCCCAGCUACUCAAAUUUAUCUUGAGUAAUCUACCAGAGCUUCGUAAUAUUCCUGACAAUCUUGUGUUGCAUGGUAAUAUGGCUGUGCUUGGCUUACUUUUACUCAAGCAGCAAGCAAAGAAGAUUAAGAAAAAUGAUUUUUCUAUCUGCCGAUACAUUCAAGCUACCAUUCGUUUUCUAUGGGAUGCCUACAAUGUUGAUGAAUCAAAUGACAGUUCCACCCUUGUCGUUGCCAUGUCAUACAAGGAGCAUUGGAUUCAGCUGAUGGAGUUGUGGUUCCUUGGCAUGCAAACAAUGAGUGCUGUGUUGUCACUUAUUCCCUGGAUCUCUGAGUUUGCAAUUGAGAGUGGGUGGGCAGAGGGUAUCAUUGAUACGUUGAAAAAAGUCAAGUAUGGAUCUCUUCCCCCUAAUACCAAAUCAGCAUAUGAAGACUUCCUGUGUCAUCUGGUGGCUGCAAACAAUAGUGUUGCUUCUGUCCUCAAGAAGCGUGAUGCCCUGGCUGUUUGUCGCAAUCACCGCCUUAUGGAGCUGGGGAAAAAACUCUUUGAAGACUGAGUUGGAUUGUGACAUGUCUAUUUAUUGUAUUUGAGCUUUAGUCUGCAUUUUAUUUUUCUGCAGAUGUUAUUUAAUUUUUAUUAUUGUCGUGAAUUUGAGUACUUAUGCGUUAAAAUUGUAAGAAAUCCUUCCUGCUUAAUGAUGAUGUUAUAAAAGAGGAGAAAUAUUCAUCUGCGCUUUUUUAUUCAUUUUUCUACCUGUGUUUUUCUACUGGAAUAAAUAUUUUUCAUAGUUUUUUUUUUAACUUGUGUAUGGCUUUUCCCUUAACAGUACUGUUUUAUGAGCUCACAUUUCUGCCUUUAUUGGUUUUCACAUCUUGACCUGCAUGUUUUUUGCUCUUUGUCCAUGUAAUUUAUUGAGCUGUUAUACCGGUUGUGUGAUGGAUAAUAGGUUGACCAACAUAUUUUACUGAAAGAAUUGCACCAGUGUUAUCUUCUUUUCUCUGUUACAUUUCUUUGUCUAAAUCUUGAAAAUUACAAGACAGCUGCUGUGAAAUUCUACAGUACAGCACUUUGCAAAGAAUGGUUGCCAUCGCUCUAUUACCCUGUUUUCUUAGUUCAAGUCCACCAUGCCAUGUCUGAUGUCCCCAGCAUGAUUCAGCAGCAUGUUGGUUUAAGUUCCCUUUUCCUAGAUAGGGAGAUUCUUAAAUUAUUAAGGAAUGUUUUCUAGCAAUAAUAUUUUGUGGUGCCUUCUUAAGAAGGGAAAUAUUUCCUUUCAUUCAGUAAUUGACAAGUAAUGUGAUAUUCAGCAUUUAACCAUGUUUGUACUAUCAGUAAUGUUGUUCCCUGAAGCUUGAUUAUUAAUUUGGAUAUUAAUUGUUUAGAUUUCAAACAAGAAGUUAUACAUUCAUAUAAUUAACAUCACAUACAACAUUUCUCACCAAGGAAUGUACCAUGAACAUUAGGAACAUUUUCAGUAGCCUCAAAGCCACUAUACAUGUAUGCCAUGCUCCAUUUAAUGUAAUUCAGUGAAAAUAAAACAGAGUUUUGUCAAGGACAAUACACUA